UGUGGAUUCGAAGAACAAUCGUAAUAGAAAUUACGCUUCUUUGUGUUUUUAUCCUAUUUAUAGCGCACGGCAACACUAUUAAUCACCUGUUUCACAACUUCUUGCAAUUGCACGUGCCUUCUCAUUAUCCUCACUAGUAAACAAAUUUCUUCCAAAUAGUUUUCUUCUCAGUUCACAGAAACAAAUGCCUCCAAAAAGUUCAAAUAAGAAAACAACUGCCAAGACAGCAACGUGGUAUCAUUGCGAAAUAUGCGAUGUACAUAUUACAUCAAAGGAUCGCGAGACACACGAGAAAUACUGUCCCAUUAAAAAGGAUUCUACAGAGCCACUGGAAUAUAUCCAUCAGAAAAAAUUAUAUACAGUUGGAGUAGAAAAGCGUUCUUUUAAUGUUGAACAAUUACAAGAUGUGUCGACAAAAUAUAUAAACAACUUAGUUUUCAUUUCGGAAGGUGCUAUGAAACUUACAAAUUUAUACAUCGGCCAAAGAGUGCUAAUAAGACCAGUAGACGCAUCAGAAUCAGUGGGACUGGUGAGAUUAGUUUGGCCCAUACCUGAAAGGUUUCUAACAACAAUCUUUGUCAGCGAAGGAGACUAUAACGAUUAUUGGGCAGAGUUUAGAGAAAAAAAUCUCAAAAUAACUGCACUCCCAGAAGGUUGUGUAUCAGUUGCAAAGUCUGUUGUUCUACGUUUAACACAAGUGUCCGGUGAAACAACAGAACUGGUCGAAGCCCAAGUGAAAGAAGUGGAGCGCUUGCUGAAGUUCGAAAUAAAGAAGUUGAUAUUUACGAAAGACAGUCGUAUUUUCAUGGACUUUUUUAACAAAAAGCUCAGUUUGCAAGUCGUUUCGUGGAGAAGUUUUAUGGAAGAUCCCAGUGUUAAAGAUGUUGAGAUGUCUUUAACCGAAACAUUUGAAAACUUAACGUUGAAGACUGACGCAACCCCAAAAUUUUUCGAAGUAACAUUAGGUACGAAAAUUAAUAUAGAACGAACCAAAUCUGCAGAAAUUAAAGAGCGCUCCCCACAUAUGACUAGUAUAAACAAAAUGGAUAUCGGCGGAUUGGACAACCAAAUUAAGAUCGUUCAAGAAGCUAUGGAUAUCGCUAUGGGACUAAAAAAUGUGCCUGCGGGCGUGAAAGUUUCACGUGCUUUACUUUUGCAUGGUCCGACAGGUUGUGGCAAAAGUUUAAUCUGCGAAGCUAUGUGUUCAAUUAUACAGGAUAAUACUGCUAAAUCAGACAGUGGGAAUAUUAUGCGAAUUAAUACCAGUGAACUGUUCAGUAAAUUUCUUGGUGAAACCGAGAAAAAUCUAAAGGCUAAUUUCGAUAAGGCCUUCGAAAACUAUCCGCAACCAACACUUAUAAUUAUCGAAGACGUGCAUAAUUUGUGCCCAAAAUAUGAAACCAAUGAAAUGACCAAACGUGUCGGAGCCGCAUUUCUAAACAUACUAGAUAUGCUGAACGGUGCGAAGGACCAGGCACAACGCACCUUUUUACUGGCUACCACAUCUCAAAUCGAAACACUCAAUCCGAAUGCACGUCGCUGUGGUCGCUUGGAUAGUGAAAUUGAAAUUGGUGUUCCAACGCCUAAACAGCGCUCUGCCAUUAUUCAUUGUCUGCUGCGCAAAAUUGUACAUACACUUUCCCUAGAUGACGUCAACGCAGUGGCUCAAGUAUUACAUGGCUUCGUCGGCGCUGAUAUAGCCAAUCUUAUAUAUGCAGCAGCUUUGCGUGCAAUGAAAGAUGGUAACCGUGCUCUGAACAUAAAUGACGUGAAUGCGUCACUGACACAUAUUAAACCAUCAGCGAUGCGUGAAGUUCUUAUAGAAAAUCCGAAUGUGCACUGGAGUGAUAUAGGAGGUCAGGCUGAUUUGAAAUUGAAGCUGAAGCAAGCAAUAGAAUGGCCGUUGCUGCAUCCUGAGAAAUUUGAACGUUUGGGCUUAAAACCGCCACGUGGCAUUCUGAUGUUCGGUCCACCGGGUUGUUCUAAAACGAUGAUCGCUAAAGCACUUGCUACCGAAAGCCAAUUGAAUUUUCUUUCCAUAAAAGGACCUGAACUUUUCUCUAUGUGGGUAGGCGAAUCCGAGCGCGCGGUACGUGAAGUUUUCCGAAAGGCACGUCAGGUAUCACCAUCUAUUGUAUUCUUUGAUGAAAUAGAUGCUAUUGGUGGAGAGCGGUCAGAUGGCGGCUCCAGUUCGGGUACAUCCGUUAAAGAACGCGUACUUACGCAGUUACUCACGGAAAUAGACGGUGUGGAGGCUUUGGAGAAUGUCACCAUCGUAGCAGCGACCAAUCGUCCUGAUAUGAUUGACAAAGCACUUUUGCGCCCAGGUCGCUUCGAUCGUAUUGUCUACGUAGGAUUACCUAAUGCGGAAGCACGACAAGAAAUCUUCCGCAUUAAAUUGUUACCUAUGCCGCUAGCCGAUGAUGUAGACAUAAAUUUACUAGUGCAACGCAGUGAAGGCUAUUCCGGUGCCGAGAUACAAGCUGUGUGUCAAGAAGCAGCUUUGAAAUGUUUAGAGGAUAGUUUCGACGCUGAAAGUGUAAAUUGGACGCAUUUUGAAUUCGCAUUAAAUGCGGUGAAACCACGUACAAGUCCGGAACUCUUGGCCCUCUAUGAUGAGUACAAUAAACAAAGCUGAUACCCUCAGUUGCACG